AUGCUUCGUCCCUUCAAUUAUAUUCACUUAUCACGAGAUGAAAUUGGCGAAGGCUUCUAUGCUUAUUACUGCCUAUCAAAAGUCAAUGAUCUACGAUUGAAAAAUAUUAAAGGAUACUUCGUCAUGGCCGACGACACCACCUUCAACUUCUGGAACACAAUUGAUCUAUCAGUAGCUUUUCUAGCAGGCAACGGUGCCAAUAUCUCAGGCGGAUGGUGGAACCGUGAUGUGGGUUUGAAGGCUGCAAAGAAUGUAAUAAGUCUAUUCGAAGGGAAGUAUAAGAACGAUACUCAAGCGCAGACAGCGUGGAAACGUUACGGUGAAGAAUCUCAGAAAGGAAUGGGCCCUAACUACAACGCUUCUACUGCGCUGACGCUGGAGAACGGCUGGACUGUGAGCGAUCUAUACUAUGUGCCGAGUACGAUGAUUGACUACCACUCGGCUCUGAUGGAAGUUUUCUUUGAAGGGCGACUGUUUCAUGAAAUUGCAAUGAAAAAGUUCUUCUAUUCGGUACCAACUGUAUACCCAAGUCCUAAUCGAUAUGAUCACUUGUAUGGCAAAGGUGGCCGUGAUGCUUGGCAUGACAACUACAAGGGAUCUUUUCAUGAUGCAUCCAAUCAAGUUCAGUUUCCUUGCUGA